AGGAUGGAGAGCAGAGGAUACCGGCCUGCUGGUCCUUUACUGGACAUCAGUCUGAUUACUGGGAGGAUGACGGAGGUGUUCCUGCCUCACUGGAUCUGUGUCGACGACGUCCGUAAACCUUUGGAGCAGUUUGCUGUCCUCCACAUGGACGACUGUGGAGACGCUGUGGAGAAAGUCUCUGAGGUCUCACCGUCACACGUCAAACUGGCUGAACCCGUUUUCUCUCCGAGAGCGGUUCUGAUGAGAGCCGGCUUUCCUGUGAAGGUCUACUGCAACAUGUUGCUCUAUCGGACCAACACGGCUUUCCUCACGCUGCAUGUUUACCUCAUCCCACGCGACCCGGCCUUACAGCAGGAAAUGGACCAAAGGGAAACGUCUUAUGGAUACAAAGUCAUAAGAAAGCCAGAUCCAGACAUGCCUCUGAAAAUGUUUGAUGACUUCGUCCUCACAGCAGAUCUGGAAUCGGCUGAAGUUUGUCCUGAGAGACUAAAGCUCAGGUAUAAUCCCACAAGGCCAAAUUUCUUUGAAGUGUACAUUAAAAAUCCAGAGACAGACUUCCAGAUGAAACUCUUACAAGCAAAGCAGCUCAACCCAGUGUGGACCUGCGCACUUCGGAAAGAUGAAUACCAAAAAACUGAGGAGAGAAAAGGUGGAGCAACUGGAGUCGCUUAUUCACACCAGGUGAAACAUUACGUGGAGGAACAUCCGUCUCCUCUCACGCAAACAGCGGCAUCUCUGCGCUCAGACAGAGAGAAGCUUCUGGAAGUGAUUGGAGAUCUGAAGCAGCAGGACCUGAAAAGGUUCCGGUUUUUCCUGAGGGACGUGGAGGUGUUUGUCUGCAGAGCAGACGGAGGAGCCGCUCCGCUGAGAAUCACAGCCGGUCAGCUGCAGAACGCAGACGCUGUAGACCUGGUGGAUCUGAUGCUGCAGACCUUCAGUCAGCAGGCCGUGGAGAAAACCAAGGAGAUCCUCAGGAAAAUACCCAGGAAUGACCUGCUGGAGGCGCUGUCCGGAGGCAGCUCAUGAUCCAAACAGGAACCGCUUCCAAACAAAUUCAGGACAAACUCCAGAAACACUUCACACAAAAAACUCCAUACAUAUUUUUUAUUCCCAUGUUCUUCAGUGGAUGAUGUGUUUUUAGUGCAAAUUAUCAAAUAAACUUUUGAUGCAAAUAUUUUAA